AAGCUGCUGUGGUGGAGAUUCGAGUGAUAUUCAGAGGUUUAAAGAAUAUAAAAUGGGCAAAAAGAAGGCGAACCAACUGGGCCGAUCACUGAUCAAAGAUCGGUUUGGUCAUGGUAAUCGCAAAACAGUGGCCGACGGUAGCAUGCUACACACAACCGAAGUACAGGAUGGGUACGAUUGGGGCCGCCUCAACCUACAGUCCGUUACGGAAGAGUCUUCCUUCCAGGAGUUUCUCCGCACGGCCGAACUAGCCGGUACGGAGUUUCAGGCCGAAAAGCUUAACAUCACGUACGUGAAUCCCAAAUCGAAGGUCGGUCUGCUAACCACAAACGAGCGUGUGGAAAUCAUUAAGAAGCAGGUCGACAUGAAAGAUUUGCUGAAAAUUCCGCGCCGUCCCCGGUGGACAAAGGAGACGACGGCGGAAGAGCUACUGCUGGCCGAAAAUACUGCCUUUCUCGAGUGGCGACGUGGAUUGGUAGCGUUGCAAGAGCAGGAAGGUAUGCUGAUGACACCGUUCGAGAAGAAUCUCGACUUUUGGCGCCAGCUGUGGCGUGUCGUUGAGCGGAGCGAUAUUGUGGUGCAGAUUGUGGAUGCCCGUAAUCCGUUGCUCUUCCGGACGGAGGAUUUGGAACGAUACGUGAAGGAGGUGGACCCGAACAAGAUGAACAUGAUACUGAUUAACAAGUCGGAUUUUUUAACGGCCGAACAGCGUGUACAUUGGGCUAAAUAUUUCGACGAGCAAGGCAUCCGGGUGGCAUUCUAUUCGGCCGUGCUAGCUGCGGAGGAAGCGAAAAAAGAGCAAGAGAAGGCUGAAGCUGAUCGAGAGGAGCAUGAACUUGAAGACGAGGAAGAACGAGAGGUAAAGGAGCGCUUGGGAGAGUUGAAACUGUCCGUAGAUAGAGCGGAAAAGACGUUGGAAAAGAUUGAAGAAAAGAUUGAAGAUUUAACACGCGAAGAGGGCACACAGGAAGGAAACACCAAGAAUAGCUCAAAACUGCUCACCAAUGCGGAAUUGAUUGCGCUCUUCAAAAGUCUUCACCGUGCGGAACGUGUCACGAAGGGCAUCGUCACGGUUGGGCUGGUCGGUUACCCGAACGUAGGCAAAAGCAGUACUAUUAACGCCGUAUUCCUCGAGAAAAAGGUCUCCGUUUCGGCAACGCCGGGUAAAACGAAACAUUUCCAAACGCUGUACGUCGACAGCGAGCUAAUGUUUUGCGACUGUCCCGGACUGGUAAUGCCGAGCUUCUGCAUCACGAAAGCGGACAUGAUACUGAACGGCAUUUUACCGAUCGAUCAGAUGCGCGAUCACGUACCGCCGGUGAAUCUGCUGUGCACGCUCAUUCCACGCCAUAUACUCGAGGACACGUACGGUAUUAUGAUUUCGAAACCGCUCGAAGGCGAAGAUCCUAACCGACCGCCACAUUCCGAGGAUUUGCUGCUGGCAUUCGCGUACAAUCGAGGCUUUAUGACUGCCAAUGGGCAGCCGGAUCAGUCGCGCGGUUCACGGUACGUGCUGAAGGAUUACGUUAAUGGGAAGCUGCUCCACUGUUACGCACCGCCCGGUAUUGCACAGGAAGAGUUUCACCGGUUUCCGGCCCGUAAGAAGGAAGAGAUUGACAUCAAAUUGUUGCCACCAAGGCAGCAGCGUGCAAUGAAGAUGAAUUUGAACAAAUCCAGCACCGACGUAGACGAUCAGUUUUUCAAGGAGCGUGCGAUGCACGGUUUCGUAAGAGGGCGUAGCGAUUUCCCGAACGUACGGCCGAUGGGUCCGCAGGGUACGGCGGAAACGCUCACCACGACGGACGGUGUGCUUGUGGCCGGUAAACCGUGGAAGCAUCAGAAGCGGGAAAAGCGCGAAAAACUCCGUCGCAAGUACGUUCAUUUGGAUCAACAUUAAGAGGAUUA